AUGGCUAAACAACUUACAAAAAGUAUGGAUGAAAAAGUUGAUAGUAGAAUUCGUAGUACCUUUCAAGACCCAAGGAACCGUAAUACCGUUCGGUCCCACGGGAAGGAUGGUGACCCCACCUCGCUGUCGAUCAAUAUUAAUCAUAACAGUGUGGGACGCGGUAUGUCUUUUAUGGACGUACUACGUACUGAGUCAACUUCAGCUUUUCAGAAAGAAGAAUUUUCAAGUCAAAAAAGUAUUCCUUCUCGAGAAAUUGGCUCUUUUGGCCGACAAGUUAACUAUGAUGGAAACAGUUGUGGAAGGUCUCCCGACCACAAUAAACAUAACGAUUUCAACAAAAAAAUCUCGAAAGAAGAAUUGUCAGAAACGACGGAAAAUGAAGAUCAUAAAAUUCAUGUUCGGGGCCUCGAUCCGUACUGGGAAGAUAGGAAGGACACUAAACGGACAACAAAGAAACCAAAUGGGGGCGAUAAUAUUCCAAAACAACAAGACGGCAGCAGAAUCGAGAGUAAAAAUGUUCCCAGCAUUGAAAUGGUGUCAGAAGAAUAUUGUCCUAACAAAGUGCGAAUCGAUGAAAUGCAGUCAUCCUUGGGGAAACUGUGCCGAAUCGGAACCUUGGAGGGCACUACAUGGACGACAGAAAUUCAGAAAAAAUCCUGUACAUUUGUACACCCGGACGAUUUUGAUAAGGAAUCAGAGGAUCGUACCUCCUUGUCUCAAGUGCCAAUGGGUGGCGAAGUUGAUGAAUUGCAUGGGGGUGAAAAAAAUCUAAUGAUAGUUGAAAAGAUCGCAUGUGAAUUUGAUCGCUCCCGUGUUGCAUCUUCUAUCGGUAUUGAAAUCCAGAAUGAAAGACCUCCAGAAGAUCUUGUUGAUUAUAUGGAAUAUGUUAAAUGGUAUGGUUUCGAUCAUAUCAUCAUCAUUGGGGAGGUUUAUUGUGGACUCCUUUUUCUGGACUGUUACGGUCGUGUAUUUAAAUGGGAUUUUAUGGAACUUUUGUUAUGGCCACUCGGGGAUUAUUUGAAAGAUUCUCGUUUUAGACUAGGCGUGCCAUGGGGGGUAGCAGUGGGAUGCAAUGCAACUGAUGGUGUUGUAUUUGAGGUCAAACGUUAA